AAGCGUCAAGCACCACUGGACAGAAAUUUAUUCCUUUGUUGAAAGUCUUGCAGAAAAGUUCAUCAGUCCACAGCUACGUGUGUCUUUCAUUGUCUUUUCCUCACGAGGGAUCACCAUUAUGAAGCUAACUGAAGACAGGGAAGUCAUCCGCCGUGGUCUUGCCAUUCUCCAGAGAGUAGUGCCCGGAGGAGACACAUUCAUGCAUGAAGGCUUCAGAAGGGCAAAUGAACAGAUUUACCAGGAAAAUAAUGGAGGACUCCAGACAGCGAGUGUGAUCAUAGCCCUUACUGAUGGAGAGCUGCAAGAGGCUCAGUUUUAUUAUGCAGAGAAAGAAGCUGACAGAGCAAGAAUGCUUGGAGCAAUUGUCUAUUGUAUUGGGGUGAAAGACUUCAAUGAAACUCAGCUGUCAACCAUUGCAGACAGCAUUGAUCACGUUUUCCCCGUGGCUGGUGGAUUUUAUGCUCUCAGAGGUACCAUAGAUUCAAUUCUGAAGAAAUCGUGCAUUGAGAUACUGGCAGCUGAACCAUCGAGCAUCUGUGCAGGAGAUGAAAAGCCAACAAUUGUUCAAGAUACAUAUUUACUCUGCCCUGCUCCAGUAAUAAAAGAUGUGGGACAGGUGAUUUUCCUGCAAGUCAGUAUGAACAAUGGGCUAACAUUUAUCACAAGUGCAGUCAGCGUUACCAGCACCAACUGUCUUCACGGGACCAUCCUUUUCAUUGCACUGUUGAUUCUGUUCCUGCUUUUGGCUUUAACACUCCUUUGGUGGUUUUGGCCACUCUGCUGCACAUUGGUCAUAAAGGAACCUCCACCUCCACCUCCUCUAGAUCCUGAAUCAGAAGAUGAAGAUGGGACGCCAAAAAAAAAGUGGCCUACAGUAGAUGCAUCUUAUUAUGGAGGGAGAGGUGUUGGUGGGAUCAAAAGAAUGGAGGUAAAAUGGGGUGACAAAGGAUCAACAGAGGAAGGAGCAAAACUAGAGAAGCCAAAGAACGCCAUCAUCAAAUUACCAGAACAGGAAUAUGAGCCAUGGGAGCCAAAGCCAAAGAAAUACCAUCUGCAGAAGUUGCCCUCUCAGAGGACAUGGUAUUCUCCCAUAAAGGGCAAGUUGGAUGCUUUAUGGGCCCUUAUUAGACGAGGCUAUGACCAAGUUUCUCUUCUGAGACCACAGCCAGGUGAUAAGGGGCGGUGCAUGCAUUUUGCACGAAUGAAAUCAGAUGGAACACUCAUCUCCUAUCAGCCACCUGUAAGGUCACCACAGCCACACAUCCUCAACAAUGCACCAAGGCAUCCGUCCCCUCCAGAACCAAUCCAGCCUCCUCCCUGCAGGGAGCUCCCUCCUGGACCUCCCCCAUCAAGGCACCCACCAGGGCCACCUCCAUCCCGCCCGCCACCUCACCCUCUAAUCUAAAGUGCAGAAACUAAGGUUGCCCUAAUCCAGUUCUUGGGAGAAGAGAGCACAUUCACUUUCCAUAGACAAAAUCAGAUUUUGUUGCUGGGCAACAAAAAAAAAACGCUAGUGUCAGUUUAUAUUAGUUAAUUAUAUUUAUAUUAUAAUUGCAAUAUAAAAACCUGUUACUAAGCUCAGAACUCCUUUUGCUUGAAUGCAUUAGACAUUCAUACAACUAGAAAACAGUAACUGAAGGAUGACUUCUGUAUUUCCCAUGGUGAAUGCAAAAUGCAGAAACAAAACAAUGUUGACAGCAAAAAAAUAUCUAUAUUAUUCACUGCUAUAAGUGCUGUUAAUGCCUUGGGAAAAAUCUGUUACUUUUAUGUUUUUACUGUAUAAUAAGAUGCCAUAUUGUAGAUUCAACCAUAAGACUCCUCUGGUAGGGAUCUUGAGCUUCUGUUACUUUGCAGUUCCCCUGUGAGAUUAGAUGAAACUGUAAGACUUAGGGUGAAGUUUCUGGUCAUACGCAAAGUAUGCAAUUCAGUAUUCACGUCAGUAGCAUCCAUCUGCAAGUACAACUCAAAUCUAACUUAGUGCCCCCUGCUUUCUCCCUGUGGAAGCCAGUACUGUCUGGAAAACCCACUCAUGCCCCUAAAAGCUGCUGCAGUUUUUCCUUUUUCCAACACAAUGGAAUGGUGAAAAUAAAUUAUGUAAAAGUGCUCAGGGCUCUGUCUGUUAGAACAGAAAGGGACCAAAUUUGGUGCAGGGGGUGGAAAGUAAAUUCAGAAAAAGAAGAACUGAGUUGGAAAAUGGGCCAGGUCUAUGUGGAGGCUUUGGAGAAAAUUCCAGGAAAAAUCCUCCAAUGCACCCCCUUGGAGAGUGGCAGCUGGACAGCAGCUCAGAAUAUUGCAAAGUGCUGAAAAAAACUGUACAUGCUUUUUCUUUGGUAGUCAUAGUAACAGAGACUUAUGUAAGCAUCACAUAAUACUACUUUUUCCUGUAUUUAGAGCUUCAUGUUGCUGAAUUAUGAACCUGAGCAAAAUAAACUAUUCCAAGGAGGGCUAAGAAUGUAGAUAGAUGUGUGGUAACAAAUGAUAGUAAUUUUAAAGAAAAUAAGAGAAAUCAAGUUUUGAACAGAUGCCUUUCUGCUAGGGUAUUUGGAUCGUGCCACAUUGGAAGGUGUUAAGGAGUGAAAGAAUAGAGGACUUAAAUUGUUGGGAAGUGGAUUCUCCUGAAACUCAAGUGAAUUAUGUGUGAGCAAAAAACGAUACUCUCUGUCCACCUAUCUGUAUACCCUCUUCUACAAUUAAAGUUUUUCUACAUAUGCAUGCACCUCAUUAGCAAGGUGUGCAGUGAUAACUAUGAAUUGAUAAGGGCUUUGUAGAUUAAAAGCCUCAUACUCCAAACAUCAUGUAGUGUUAAUGAAUUUAAAACAGAAAUAAAAUAGCAA